UUCAUUUCUUCUGUCUCUAGUUCUUCGCUGUCAAAACCCGACAAGAAUGAUCCGUCCACCACCUUCCACCACCCGCGCACCUACUAUCUCCACCAACACAAGCCAUCCAGACCAUAAAAAUUCAAACCCUCAAAGCAACACCAAUAAAAUUCAACUCAGCAUUGAUUCAAACAUGGCAAAUGUGACAUCGUCUUCUUCGGCGGCAGUAAUGGUCGAUGGGUUGGAAGCAGACUCAGUUUUGUCCAGGUCCGAGUUCUUGACUCGGGAAGAAGUCCUGAAACGCCGGUCUCGCCGAGUCAAACAGCUUGCCAAGAUCUACAGAGACCAGUACUGGGCUCUAAUGGAAGAGCUCAAGCUCAAGUACAGAGAAUAUUAUUGGCAGUACGGUAAAAGUCCCUUUCAGGAGGACGAGGACAGAGAGAACAACAAGAAUUGCACACAAGGAACGGCAGAGAAUGGCAAUAACAGCAAUAAUAACGAGUAUGCUGUGAAUCAGUGUGGGGUCCAUGGGUGUAAGGCCAAGGCCAUGGCUUUGACCAAGUUCUGUCACAUGCACAUACUUUCGGAUGCCAAGCAAAAGCUUUACAAGGCUUGCAAUUACACAAUCAAGAGAAAUAUGCAUAUAUGUAUGGGAAUUGAUUUUGUGAUGUAUCCAGGUGAUAGUUUGGGCAUGAGAAUCUCUUUCUAUGUUCAAGAGCAUGAUGAUAAAGUCCUUUAUUUGUUAUGCGUUAAGUUCUUUCCAGGUUCUCCCACUGUAAUAUCUGGUUCUCUAGCCUUUUACCUAUUACACAAUAACUUUAGUUCACCAACAGGGCCGAUACUUUGCGGAAAGCCAAUAUUGAGAUCCACCAUUCCUUCCCUUUGUGCUCCUCAUUUUCAGAAAGCUGAAAAACAUGUCGCUCGGGCUCUUAAGAAGGCAGGUCUCAAUGCCACUUCUACAAGUAAGCUUUCGCCCAAGUUCCAUCUCAUUGUUGCGGAAUACGUCCACCAAAUCCAAGCUAAAAGAAGAGCUGCACAGAAGGCAACUAUAGAGAACUUUGAAUCCAAGGAGGACAACAGUCUUAAGGUUGUGUAGUAUUUGUAAAGGUUCUCUUUUGUAUGACUCUUGACCAGUUGGUGCCAACAGAUGGGUAAAUAGUUGAAUGAAUGAUAGCUCUGAUUAACUGGAGCAAAACAAAGAUUUGGAUGGCAUUGGGACUAGUGCAUUGAAAGUUGAAAUUUUGCAUAUGAAAGGUACCAUACACUAUCUCGAUGCCUCAGUAAUUGCUUUGAAAAAUUUUUUCUUUUCUUUUUUCUUUUUCAUUUUUGGAUUGAGCUUCAUAUGAUGCUUUUUGUUGCCAGG